AUGGCGUCGCGCAAGGCAGGUUAUAUUUUGACGGGAUUCCUCCUGUCUUUGAUUGGGUUUAUCUUGUCUUUUGUCGGAUUUGCCACGCCGUACUGGCUGGAACCAUUUAACAGAGAUGAUGAAAUUGUUGAAAUUGAAAACUUGGGAAUGUGGCAGUACUGUUUUAGUGGCUACACAGCUUCACGACCAGGUAAUCAAGAUAUGGACAUACUUGGCAAACGGUACACGGGAUGUAAAUGGGUGUUCCAUCGAGAAGUUUAUACCAUACUGCCAGAAAUAUGCCCAGUCUGGUUUCGCAUCACUCAAGCCCUCAUCUCUGUGGACGUGGUAGGUUCGGCAUUCGUCUCGCUGAUGGCCUUGGUGUUCCUGUGUCUGAAUAUGUGUGAUGCUUAUCCCACGGCCAAGGAGGGGAAACUCUACCUCAUAUUUGGCCUUAUCUCGUCAAUAUCGGGUUACAUCUGUGCCGCAGCUGUCCUCGUGUUUGGUUACUUCUCAGACAGCAAGGAAUGGGCGAUCAAGGAACCGCUGUACUACCACCUCUCCUGGUCAUACAUGUUCUGCGUGGUAGGGGGUGGGUUCAGCAUUUUUGGGGGCAUGUUCCUGUUGUUAGCAUCCAUGCAGGUUAAAGCGCUUCUCAAAGCCACCAAGCCUAACUACAAACCCACACUGGAACUCUCCACACUUACGCCAACUGUCAGAUAUUAGCUAUGUUUUCACUAUCAGAGAUAGGCAACGCCAAUUUUAUUUUGUGUUUUAUGGGUGAGCUUACACUAAAAAAAUCCAAAAAUUGAAUAAAACUGAAAAUUCACCUUUAUAAUUUGAUUAUUUUGAUGACUUUCCUGGUUUUUUUUCAAAGCUUGUCGAUCUUCAAUUGGAAAAGUAUCUGGGACAGUUCACAUUUCUCACAAAUUAGAUGAUUUUUAACGUCUGGUUUUAUUUUCAUGCCCUUUGACGACAUGGGAAAAAGAUAUAUUCUGCCCGUAAAACAAAAAUAUUAGUUGGUGUGGCCUUACUGCAUUUGGCAUAAAAAUUUCCUCUAUGACCAAUUAAUUACUUAUUUUGCCCGAUUCUGAGAAUUCUGUUGAUCUCAGGAAGGUGUUUAGAGGUUUGUUUAGAGGGUAGGAUAUCCUAGUGGAAAAGUGUCAAAUUCAGCACCUUGACAUUUGAACUUUGUUCGGGAAAAGUUCAGGUC